AUGUCACCGUUGGGCUUUGCGCAAGAGACUUAUCAGAAAAUUACAAGAAAUAAGUUUAAUGAUUGGGUUAAGGAACAAUUCCAUAUAUCAUUUGAAAAAAUCUUGUUAAACAUUGCAGAUCCGGAAUUAAAUAAAGAAUUGAUGACAAAAGAUAAUGUUACAAUAGGUGUUAAUGUUGCAUCAACUUCAAAAUCAAAACCUGAUUAUUUUUAUCAAUGGAUAAGAGAUGGUGCUAUAACUAUGAAUUCAAUUAUAAAUUAUCUUGUUGAUGAUAAUUUCCAAAAUAAAACUUUACAAAAAACUGUGGAGAAUUAUUUAUCAAACAAUUAUAAUCUCCAAAGAUUAGAUAAUUGGAGUGGGAAAUUUAAAGAUAAUUUGAAAAAUUUAGGUGAACCAAAAUUCCAUGUUGAUAGUUCUCCUUUUAAUAAAGUUUGGGGAAGACCUCAAAAUGAUGGACCUGCCUUGAGAGUUAUUACAAUUGAUAAUUUUGUUAAAAAUUUGGAAAAUUUUAAUUCUGAAUUGGUAUCAAAAGAUUCAAAUAAUGAAUUGGAAACUGUUAAAGAUAUUUAUGAAAAAGUUUUAAAAUUGGAUUUACAUUAUAUCUUGUCAAACUGGAAUUUGAAAACUUUUGAUAUAUGGGAAGAAAUCAACUCAUUCCAUUUCUUCACUUCUUUAACUCAAUUGAAAGCUUUGAAAAUUGGUUUGAAAUAUUUUAAUAAAUUUAAUGAUGAUGAUACAACUUUUGGUGAUUCUUUAACAAAAGUCUAUAUGGAUUUAUAUCAUUUCAUUAAUGAAGAAUCUGGGUUUGUUAAUUAUAAUUUGAAUCAUAUAGUGGAGACCCCUUCAAUCUUGAAUCAAAGAUCGGGUUUAGAUGCUGCUAUUUUAAUUGCUUCAUUAUUAACCCAUGAUGAUUUUGAUGAUGCUAUCCCAUUUGAUGUUAAUGAUGGUUUAAUUCUAAACACUUUAAGUGAAUUGAUUAAAACAAUGAAAUAUCUUUAUCCAAUAAAUCAUUCUAAAAUCAAUUUAAAUUUAGGUGUUGCAUUAGGAAGAUAUCCAGAAGAUCUUUAUGAUGGUGUUAAAAUUGAUGAAGGUAAUCCUUGGUUUUUAACAACUUUAUCUGCAAGUGAAUUAUUAUUUAAAUUAAUUGCAAACUUAUAUUAUUUAAAAGAACCUUUAUUGAUUGAUGAAUCAAAUCAACAUUUCUAUUUCCAUAACAUUUUGGAACUGAAUUUUUUGAAAACUCCAUCUUCUAAUUAUCCAUCUGGUUCAAAUUCAAAUUCAAUUCCAACUUUAGAAUUACCUUAUAAUUCAAUUGCUUUUAAUCAAACAGUGGCCAAUUUAUUUGCAUAUGGUGAUUCAUUUUUAGAUGUCAUUAGAGAACAUGUCUCAAAUGAAGGUUCAAUGAGUGAACAAUUUAAUAAAUAUAAUGGUUAUAUGCAAGGAGCUGAAAAUUUAACAUGGAGUUAUGGAUCUUUCUGGAACUGUUAUAGAUGGAGAGAAAGAGCUUUAACAUUGAUUGAGAAUCAAUGA